AUGGGCUGCGUCAUACUGAGUUGGGGCGACAAGAACCUCGUGGGGGGGAACUUAAAGGGGAUCGGCAGACUGGCCCAUGUGGAGCCGCAUCGAAGCCGUAAAGCUGAGCCCGGCGGUGUAAGCGCCGCUUUCAGAGAUGGCGACUCUGUUGAAGCAUUGCUGGCGGAACUCACUUCCCCAGACCACAAAGGGCUGGUGGACUCCUACGAUCGCAUUACUUUCGCGGAGCUUCGAGAGUAUCCCACAGAGGGCCGAUGUCUCCUGGAUCACGCGCCGAUCCAGAGGACAGAGAAUGCAGCAAACGGGGUCCCCCUGGAUCGCGCCGAUCCAGCUGACUUCGUAUCCCUGACCCUUCCCCGAAGCGACGGACUGUCCAAAUGGAUUCGUCAGCAGAUCCAGCACCACGAAAGCUUCGAGCGUGCUCUUGGCUCCUUGGAGACGUUUACUAAAAAAAACCAGAAGGGCACCAAUUCUUCACUUCAGGACAACAGCGAAUCUCUGCCCUCGCCUUCCAAUUGGGCAGAUCCGUCCACGAGUUCGGUCCUGGAGGUCACUCUACAUCUAUCGCCCGAUGUUUCCAUUGAAAGCGGAGAGCAGAAUUUGGUCCCAGAAACCCUUUCUGCUGCAGACGUCAACACAGUUCAUCCAGAGACGUCCAGCCAGUCAUGCAACAUCUUUGCAGAGGAAAAAAGUGACCACCCUUCUUAUCAGACAGAAAACCAAGGACAUUUUACAGGUUCCAAAUCCAGUAGCUGCAACCCUGGAAACAAAAGGGACGAGGCAAGCAGUCAUCCCUUCUCUGCCAGUGUAAAACCACAAUUUAGCAAAAUGUUGACCUCAACACCUGUGCCUGUAAAGAGUAAGAAGGACACUUGCCAAGCAACGCCAAAGCCAGAGGGGCCGAUCGGUGAAGUCUGCCAGCUUGCCACGAAUGAAUGCCAGCGGGAGCUGUCGUUGGUUGAAGAAGGCAGGCGAAGUGAUCUGAUGGCACGCCCAGAAACAAUGAGAGGGGCGACUGUCUCACUCAUUCAAGAAUAUCCCUCUGAACCGCAGCUCUGUGCUUCUGAAGACAGAAGGGAUGUGACCGUUUCUCCAGUGAGAGGGAAUAGGGAACCUUCCGCACUAGACAUAACUGUAGAAACAGAUGCCGGCGAUGACAGUAUCUAUUUCACACCUGAACUUUACGACGAGUCGGCUGAAGAGGAAAACGAAUGGCUAGCGCGGGCCUCUGGUGACAGCGGGACUUUGCUCGAACUUGCUGAGUCUGCUUCCUCUGAAGAUCUGCUGGAAGUGUGUACCCCAAACCCAGGAGCUGCAACAGCCAGAAUGCCAACCCCUGCAGCAGCAGCGGAAACAGGGUAUCAUGGAACCAUGCACAGUGAUGUGAGUCACAACAGCGCACCUGCGCACGGUGCUAGCGGGGGUGAAGCUGAGCGGGAAGAAGGGACUCCGAGAAGGAAAAGUAAACUUUCCAGAUCGAGGAACAAAGGUGUGUUUUCCUUUCAGCCGAGUGGUUGUUAGAACCUCCGAAAUGAGUUCAGCUAGGCUUUUGAGAGGGAAUCAUGGAAGAAUCGUUCUUGUGGUUCAUGGGUGUCAAACUCGCGGCCCUCCAGAUGUUGUGGACUACAGUUCCCAUCGUCCCCUGCGUCUGGAGGGCCGCAAGUUUGACACCUGUGUUGUGGUGUUACAUUGGGGCAAACUCCGUUGAUCCCGUUUUUGCAGCCAAAUAAAAGCAAGUUAUGAAUCAUCUAAGGCUAAGAUUGAAAUGAGACUUUAUGGCUGACCUGUGUCUGUUACCUCCUCCUCCUCUCUUCCCAGUAGUAUUUAAUGAAGGGAAAUGAGUAGCGUUAUGCCGUUGUGUUGUGAGGUUCCCUUCCUCGCAAACAGCAGCUAAUGAAGUGGCUUGCGAAUGGGGGAAGUCGCUCUGCGGUUGCAUCAUGCGGAGUUAUUAAUGGCAGGUAAGAGAGGACCCGGUGGCGCGGGUCCCUUGCCUUCAGCAACAGCCGUGUGUUGGCUGUACUUUGCAAUUCAUUCCUAAAGGUGAAUUCCUGGUGGCUUCAACCCCCUGCAGAAAGCACUGACUGUUCAGGAUCUUCCCCUCCCCCUCCCCCGUAGAACCACGUACUGUCCCGGGCGAGGGUCAAGGACUCGCCUAUACUAAUCGCAGAAAGGAACGAGCUUGCCCUUUCUGCCCUUGAAGAGAAAGAAAGGAGAGAUUUCCUUCUGUCAGGUUCAACCUCCUGACCUGGGCAACUUUUAGUACAUGCAGGUCCCUGGGGAUAAACAUUCCCAGAAUUAAAAAUGGCUCCGGGGGGAAGGGAAACUGGGGAAUGGCCAUCAGUCCUGUGCUCAUGGAUCACAGGAUACAGUCCAGUGACCUCUGCAGUUACCGUGCAGUACAAGCAUAUGGGUUUUUCAGGACUUUGGUGCUAAAUAAAGCUCUCUUGCUUGUGACAAAUGAACUAGGCCCGUGGUGGCAAACCUUUGGCACUCCAGAUGUUAUGGACUACAAUUCCCAUCAGCCCCUGCCAGCAUGGCCAAUUGGCCAUGUUGGCAGGUGCUGAUGGGAAUUGUAGUCCAUAACAUCUGGAGUGCCAAAGGUUCACCACCACGGAACUAGGCUGUCUUGUGAAGGAUAACCAUGUUUCUCUCUCUCACACACACACACACACACACACACACACACACACACACACACACACACACACACACACACACACACACACACACACACACACACACACACACACACACACCCCGCCCCCGUCCUAUAUCCUGAAAGAACGGGAGCUUUAAAACCGGAAAAGAUGUGGUAUUAAAAUUUUUUGGGUACAGCCCAGUUAUUGAAUUCCUUCUUGGUCUGGUACACUUCUGUUACUGUAAAAUGUAAGACUUGCAUAGGCCAUGGAUGGUUUGGAGAGAGCCAACGCGCCAUUGCUUGGAUCCAGUGGAGGGGAUUUCCAUCAGCAGGAUGUUGUGUCACAGCCCAAAGGGCUCCCCCAAAGGCAACAGAGAACCCCCCCAAGAGCACCGCAAGGGGUGAAUCCACAGGGUGAUCAAUAGAAAUCCCUCUCCUGCUAAUGGAAACCUACUGUUGGAUCUGACCCUUUUUCCUUUGGCAGUCAACUUUUUCCCCCGCGCCCCGAAACCUUUUGAGAUAAAGUCCGGUCAUCACAGAAUCCCUUCAGACAAGAUUGGUACGUCCUUGCGGAUGAUCAACUUAAACGUUUCCACGCGGCAGGAAAAACUAGUCUGCUGCAGCCGUUAUUGCUUUUCUGCUCUGGGUGUGCAAAAAACAUUGUCCCCUUUAUGGUGGAUUGGCUGUGCCAUCUGCUACACAGACCAGAAGCUAGGAAAAGAAACAGAACAAGAGGAGCGUUGCCUCUUGAGCUUGCAAAGCACACGCCUUCCUUAACAAUCAGGGGAGCCUUCUUCCGGGUAGAGGAAUGUACAUUGGCAAACACUGUUAGUCACUUUGUGAGAAGUUGUGCUUCUUCACAGGAAAAAGAGUGUGAACAACAGUUUUGCAUCUCAGCAGCUGUUCGUAUGCCUCUGGGAAGUGUAGCCCGAUCAGGACUUCUGUGUGUGGAACUACGGGUGUUCAGGGGUCCACGGAGCAGCUCUUAAAAUGAUUUGCUAGAAUAACCACAGAACAAACCUCUUUGAUUUUGAUUUGUUAAUUUGCCUUAUCAAGAAAUAUUUGCUGAUAAAUAAAAGCAAAUUAUAAAAAUUUAGUUGUAAGACAUGCUGCUCUUAGAAGUCUUUUAUUUUUGCUGCAAAUGUACAUAUGAAAUUGUAUGUAAGUUGGUCCCAGUGAUAUUUCUUCUAAUUCUGCAGUAUUGCAGUCCUUUGAUGUUAGGCUGUAAAAUAAUAGCCCCUUUAUUAUGUGCAAUUCUUUUCCGAAUCUUGAUCAAAUAAAAUCACAUAUGCAUUUUG